UGGCGAAAUAUGGUUAUUAAUGGUGACGAAAAUUUGAAUCUGAAAUGGCCGGUCGAUCGUUGUAAAAAUUACGGCUGCAGCACGUAUAUGUUAGCUGAACUUGCAGGUUGGAAAGUGUUAUUUUUAUCAGAAUGAAUAUUUGCGGUGAGAAGGUCUAGAUGAGAAAUUUUAGUCUUCAUUAUAUAUACAUAUCGGCUCGAGUGUGGAUUUCUACGUGUUGCUGUGCUGUCAGACGCUGCAGCUGAGGGUGGGCCCCAGAGAGCGCGCCAAAACUCCAGUACAGCGUAAACAAGUUGAAGAAAACUUGAAGUCUCAUGAAGUUGAGCGUCACUAGCUUGUGAUAACUGGGCUGAAAGGCUGCAACUCUUGAAGCCUAUAUACAGUGUCAACACAGGCUUUGUUUUGUCUUCUUCCUGCCCAACUUAUUACAAGGAUGUGGAAACGAGCAGUCUGGCUUGAGGGAAAACGAGAAGAGGAGCAUACUGUACCAUGUAGCUGGAUCGAUGAGGAAGAGCAAGUCUUAUAUUGGCCUCAAGGUGUAAAUGCAGAGAAGGCAUUGAGGUCUCAACAACACCCGGACUUAAAAUCUUGGAGGAAAUUCCGUUUGGUUAAAGUGAAAAUAUCAUCAGAUAGUUACCAAGACUGUGAAGAUUACCUGCACACAUCUACAGUUGAGGAUAAUCUGAGCAGUGCUGACUCUGAUGGUGAUAGUAAUGGUGUAUCAAGGAUCAAGAGAAAACGUCCUAAGAAGAUCCUUCCAGAUGGCUUUGUCAGUAGCCAGGAUAUGCGUGUGUUGCAGGAAGUUACUCCAGCCAAGACAAAGAAAGGGAUUUCACCUCUGAACAAGGUUCCAGAUCCUCCUCAAAAGCUGCCUUCACUACCAAAUGGGGCCACACCAUCACCUCAGUCUCAAACGUCAUCUACCAGAAGCAGAAGUGUAACUUCUACUUCAUUUCUAAGAAGGUCAAGUUCUUCUGAUUGUGAUUGGGAUGUGGAUGAACAACGUUCUCCAAUGUCUGGAUCUAGCCAAGAUUAUUACAAGUCUUGCAACCCUGGCCAUACCAAGAAACUUAAGAAUGACAGCCAUAACAGCCUGGACCGACCUCAGCAACAUUACAGUAAGAACCAAAAAGAACAACAUGACAUCAGGGACCAACAAGAACUACAUGACAGCAGGAGCCAACAAGAACGCCGUUUCAGUAGGGACCAAGAACAGCAUCACAUCAGGGACCGACAAGAACAACAUCACAUCAGGGAUCAACAAGAACAUUACAGUAGGGACCAAGAACAUCUCAUCAGGGACCGACAUGAACUACAUGACAUCAGGUAUCAACAAGAACCACAUUACAGUAGUGACCAAGAACAUUACACCAGGGACCAACAAGAACUACAUGAAAUCAGGGACCAACAAGAACGACAUUACAGUAGGGACCAAGAAAAACAACAUCACAUCAGGGACCGACAAGAACCACAUUACAGUUGGGACCAACAAGAACGACGUGACAUCAGGGAUCAACGUACCAGACGUGAUCAACAUAACCCCUGCAGCCCACCCUAUCACACUGGCAGAGAUGAACGCCUCCAAAUGCAGCUAG